AUGGCUAGCAUCAUCCGUCGGAGUGUGCCGCCGUCAUCUCCGCCUCAUCGGGCGCCGCCUCCAGCUGCGCACAGGAGCGUGCAUCCGCCUCGUCCGGGGCACAGGAGCGUGACGCCGCCCAAAACGAGAGCGCCACCACCAGUAGGCCACGAAGCAGCAAAGCAGCACCAGCACAGUCCGCCACCUCCACCAACAAGCCAUGGAUCAAAGCAGCACAGCCACGGAGGAGGAGGAGCAAAGCAGCACCCACCUCCACCAGCAAAGCAGCAUACAGGGCCACCACCUUCUUCCGGGACAAUCACUUGGCGACCAAGGAGGUUUGGGCCGCCGCCACCUCCACCAGCAAAGGAGCAUACAGGGCCUGGGACAACCACUUGGUGGCCAAGGCCCGCUCAUGACACGAUAACAUGGCAACCAGGGUCGCCUGUCUUUCACACGUUUUCAUCGCCGCCUCCGCCUGGCCCCUUGUCUAUUGCUCCGCCUCUGGGGUCGUCAUCAUCAACAGCAGCAGCAGCAGCGGCAGCGUUUGCGACACCGGGGCUGCUUGCGGCAGGCAUCGUCCUUUUCCUGCUUGCUAUGGUGGCCAUCGUCACUGGCAUCUGGAUACUCGUGAAGGGAAGAAGAAAGAAGGCGAAUGACAUCCUGGUGCGCUACGUCGGGAGCAGCCAUCUUCCUGGCAGUGGCAGCAGCAGCAGCAGUCAGCGAGAGCAUCUCGUUCCCUUGAGCAAGAUUGAGGAUGCAGAGCUCCGGGACAAGCUCGAUUCUUUCGUUCAAGAGAGGAGCAAGCAGCAGCUUCGACCGUCGCAGCUGAAUGCCAGCACAAAGGUGGCCAGUCCUCCACUCGCGAGGCCUCCAAGGCGACUGCCACCUUCGGCUUUUCUCAAGAUGAAUCCAAUCUAUGGUGCUGCUACUGAUUCGGUUGACGACCGCCUGACGCCGCCAUUGGGACGAGAUCCACCAGCAGCGAUCCACGGAGUCGACGAGCGCAAGAAGGUGCCAAGAGCUUCUCUCCCAGAGGAUCCAUUCUUGUCGAGUGCUGCUCGUCGGAGCGGCAAUGAUCGAAGAGCCCAGGAACAGGCUGUGGAUCCAGUGUCUCGUCGUGGCACUGUGUUCGAUCCUGGAGAUGCUUUCGUUGUUCGGCUCGCAGCAGCAGCGGAGAAGCGAGCUGAGAUGGAGAAGCACAUGCAAAGGAUCAUCGAGUUUGGGAUGAGGAGGCCCGGCAACAAGCACUCCCACUGGAUCCGUGAGGUGGAGAAUCUGGAGAAGCCCGUGGUUGAGAAGCCCGUGGUUGAGGCAAAUCACUCGGCCAAUUCUGGAGGUUCGCAUUUGGCUGCUCGUGUACACGACUCAGAUGCCAAGCCUUCCACCUCGGAGGUUAAGCUUGAGCUCGACGGAGCUUAGAGCGAAAGGAGGUACGCUUUUCGGUCGUUUUGGACUGAUGAUACGCUUGAGGUUGCAGGCAUAGAAUGAAGAUUCAUGAAACAAAUUACUUCGGUUUUUUUAAACCGCAACAGGCAAAGGCAGGUCCGUGGUAUUCAAUCAAAAUUAUAACAGAUGGAGAAGUCUGGAGACAUUUGAAUUAGGAGAAGGCAAUGAGACAACUGCUCUUCAUUAAGACAACAGAGAGACAUUGAAUUGGGAGAUAAUAUUGCAAGUCUCAAACAAGGCAACGAGAUAACUGCUCUUCAUUAAGACAGCAGAGAGACAUUGAAUUAGGAAAUUAUGAUUUGCAAAUCUCAAACAAGGCAACGAGACAACAGCUCUUCACGAAGACAACAGAGAGACAUUGAAUUGGUUAGAAUUUUCUUGUUCCUGUUUUUAAAAAAUUUAAACUUUCGAAACGAUUUUACAA